AUGCAGCUUGGAAUAAUUUCAUUAAUGUUGUUAUUGAUUGGAUCUAAUGAAGGACUCUUCAAUGGUGAUAUAUCAACAGUGAGCAACAGAACACUAAAUCGUCUUAAUUUAACAUGCUUCUAUGAUGAUAGUUUGGUAGCUAACUCUGAAUAUUGUGUUUAUCAAUUUUUUUCUAAUGGUUCAUCAUUAAGAACAUUAUAUGACUAUAUGAGAGUAACAAAUAUAUAUAAAACUAUUGCUCAAAGAUGUACAGGAUUUUCAAAUACAAUUGAUGUUGGUUUUGGAUUUUGUUCACCUCUGGAAUUUGAAUUAUUUGAUAUAUCAAUACUUUGUAUUUGUGCUACAGAUAUGUGUAAUAAAAAUUUUACUUCAUGUCAAUCAUCAGUAACUAAUCAAUUGCAAAUAAAUUCUGCACCUUCUGUUCUUUCUUCAAUGGUUCCUGAACUGAAUACACCAAUAUCUUGUUAUGAUUCAUCAGAUUCAUUAAAUACAAGUUUCUAUUGUGCAAAUUUUGCUUCUCCUUAUAUUGAUAUUCAAAAAUGCAAUGAAUAUACUAUGAACAACACUGCGAAUGGAACAACAACACCAAUACCAACAGGAGAUAGUGUGAGAAAUAAUGAACAAUAA